CAAGUUAUUUAUUUACAGCCGUGCAGGUACCCUACUUUUACUGCAGUUGGUAAAGGUUACUGAUAUCGGCGUGCUUUAGUGCAGACUGCAGAGCGACAGCCAUAUUCAGCGCGCACUGAGCUAUGACGCUAUCGGCCAAUUCUGUUUAUGUAACACUAUCGCCUAUCGGGCCAUUCGUAUUGGCUCGACUGAAUCGAAUGCAUGCGAAUUUGCGAAUUCGAAAACAAGCCUUGAUCCAGUUUUCAGAGUUUCAUAACAUUUUUCAAGCUGUCAAGCAGAAACCAUUUAGUAUGUUUCUUAUUUGUUUUAACCGUUAGCUGAAUCCUUCAUAAUGGAAUUCGGAUAAUCCAGAAUCCUUAUCCAUCCUGAAUGAAUGUUUAGAAUAAUUUUUUGGAGUAUGAUCAGAAUUCUGAAAUUCUGAUCGGAGACGACAACAUGAUUGCGGAUUUAGUGAGGAGCCAGUAUUUUUAGAGCCCCGUGAAUAGUUAAAGAUUAUCACCGUUAGAGUUAGAUUGCCCGUUUAUUAUGGAUGAGUCAGCAGCCGAAAGGAAUCCCUCCGCGGCCAGCGCUGGGAAUUCAGGAGGCGCUGAAAGUGUGUCAGUGGCACACUCAUCAUCCGCCACAACGCCUCCUCCCCAGUCAGACAGCGCCACGGACCCCCCACCCACCAUGGCCGCGGCAAUUGCUGUGGCAGACGCACCGUCAAUCGUCCCUGAUGCUGCCGUCUCAGCAGCAACGACGGCUGACGCCAGCACAACUGCUCCUACGGCUGCCAGCCACAGCGUCGCGGUCAACAGCGCACCGGAGUUCAAGGACACUGAGCGCGCUGCGCUGCCAGCUAGCAGCACGACCAGUCCACCACUCUCCUCCAUACUCACCGACACCACAACGUUACAGGACCGCAACGUGUCCGCAGCGUCGCCCGUGGCCGCCGUGACGUCGUCCGCUGAGGAGAACGUCGCUUCUUCACCAGAAGAGUCUUCCCGCGAUGUGAUUUUGCCCAAGGUCUUGCCUUGCCCCACGACGUCUUCCCCCGCGACCCCUGCGUCGCCCUCAUCCCUUGUCGAUUCUUCCAGCACGGUGUUCCUCCGCCAGCCCCCGGCCUACAGCGCCAUUGAGCAUCUGCGCCCAGCACGCGUUAGUCAGCGCGCAAGUAGUGCCUUUUUCCGUUCCCAAUUCCGCAGCGGAAUCGCCUUUCGGCCGCUGCGUUUUGCGCCCCCCAUGCGGGCUCCUCCCCACCGUGGCGGUGUGCCGGAUACGCCACGCGCGCGGGAUUUCCGUCUGGUGGUGCCGCGCAGUGCGGCCACCGAGUUCGUUAAGAACCACAGUGUCGCCGCGGACACUCUGGCCAAAAUCUCCGAAUUGGCGGAGAUCACGCGCGCUUCCAUCCCCAUGCCGCCCCUGGAAGACGACCCGGACGGGCAUGUCGCCGCCAGCAGCAGUAGGGAUAACCCUCGAUUGGGAUUGCCAAAGGCUUCGGAUGCAUCGCAGCCAAAUACUACCAACGGACGUGUGCUGUCUCAGUCUCCCAUCCCCCCUAUGAGCACGGCUCCAGAAGAAAGGAGCAUCCCGAUGCCCAUCACCAAUCAGCGUGAUCAGCAGUAUUCCGCGACGGCGUCGCGAGCAGGCGCACAUUUGGGAAUCCAGGUGGAAGUGGUACACAGUAUUUCUCCUGCCCCUCCUGUCUCCAUGGGACUACUUCGUUCCCGUUUUCUGGCUAUUAAAGAAUCGAAUUUAGGGUUUGCUAACUUCGCCGCGGCUGUUGCAUUCCUCUCUCUGGAAGAAACUCCUUUAAAUCCCUUGGAGAUUGAGAGUUCAAAGGAUAUUCUGAUUUCCAUCUUCGGGCCAAAAAUGACACUGUACCGCUGUGGAGGGUGUGAUUCUACCUUCAUAUUUCGCAAUAUAUUCGCCGAUCAUUUUUAUCGAGGGAUUGUACCGUACAGGCUUCGUUGUCAGCAUUGUCGCGACACUUUGGUUUUCCACAACAUCUGCCAGGUGAAAGAUCACGUCAAGUCGCAUGGUUUUAAAAUCGAAUCAUGUCGUGGAUUUAUGCUGACCGUGGGAGAAUAUGGCGAUGAGCAAGUGAAAUCCGAUAAGGAUGCAUCGAACGAGCCAAUCGUCAUAGUGGAUGAUAAUAACAACGAUGCGAAAGAACCAACCGUCGAUGCUGGAAGGAAUAACGAAGCAUUGUUGCCACCACGCCCGGCUGCAUCCGCUACUCAAUUGAGCCGCAUUUUAACACAAUCCACGGAUCCAUUGCCGCGUAGUCGUAGCCCUUUGGACAUCUUUCGAGAUCGGUAUCAUAAAGUUGCGGAUAGCGAAGCUCAGACAUCACGGAAUAGAGUCGCUGACGAAGGAGGCGGUAAUGACGUUAACGCCGCGAUGUCGGCCGCUGCCCGCGAGGCUCGAGAAUCUCAUGCCAAUGUAUUACAUCAAGUACAGCUUGCGAAGGAGAAAGCAGCAGCCGCUCAGCAGAAUCAGCGGAAUGCUGUGAAUUUACAAAGCGCCCGCGCGAAUCCUCCGAUGGGGCGGCAUGGCCCUACCAUCACUGUGGGCCAAGUCAUGGAGCGGGAGUUUUUCGCCGGUCAGGGAAGCAACGUUUCGGCCGCCGCCAGGCCGUUGGGCGCUUGUGAUUGUAUAUUUUGUAAUGCAAGGUUUGACAGCCAAAGUGGUUUGACUCAUCAUUUUCAAAGAUGCAAGGAUGUGGUGCGAGCCGGGAUGGAGUUUCGCUGUCAAGAGUGCCAGAUUGUCUGCUGUAAUCCCUGCAGUUUCCAAGCGCACAAGUUGAUUCACCAAAUUCGCAAAGCUGGCAUUUUCCCCUCACGGAUGUGUUGUCCCGAGUGUGGCCUGCGCAUUAAACACAUGGACGACAUAAAAAGCCAUGUGGAACGUCGCUGUGUCCACUGGUGCCGCAUUCUGUGUUGCUCCUACAGCUGUGUGGUGCCGGGUUGUGGCUACCACGUGACCAGUGAAGAGGAGAUGCUGCGGCAUGUGGCAAUUACGCACGGCAUGUCGUAUGGCCGUGGCAUCUGUCCGGUCUGCAAAGUCCAGGCAGGCGUCAGCCCCAACGACGUAUUCCGCCAUUUGCGCUCGGUAGAAGUAGCAUGCCGUCAACGUCUGCUCCAGCGGAAAUCCCAUUUCUUCGCCUAUCGCUGUAAUUACUGUGGCGAACGGGAGGCGCCGGUCUAUGAAACCAAAGCCGUCAUGCGCGAUCACAUUGUCGGCGUCCAUCCGGAAGAUGCAAAUCCGACUGGACUAGUCAGUCUGCUCCAGUCGGAACCGGAAUCAGCGCAUCGUCAGGCCAGUUCCUCCUCGGUCGGGGCGGACUUGCGGCCAGUUGGGAAGAAAAUUCGCAUUGCCGGGGAAGAAGAGGAAGUGAUCUCGUACCAGCCACCAUCAUCGUCCACCCUGCGCGAAACCAGUUCAGUGCGCUGUGUGUUCUGUGGUGACAAAGGUAUUGUGGUGCCCAACCUAAAGACUGUGGAUGACCUGGAAGCCCAUCUGUACGCCAGUCAUCUUUCCCCCACAUAUCCGACGACGUGUUUCCACUGUGCACGGCCUCUGAAUUCUUCGCAGGAGAUGUUGGCGCAUUUACUGCAACAGGUGCUGCGGCUGCCUUUAACCAGAUGCGAUGAGUGUGAUUUCGUUACGCUUACGGCCGGUGGGAUAAUUCAGCAUAAGAUUGCUUACCACCAACAGCGACAGGUGCGGCCGUUUCUUUGCGAUAUCUGUCGGAAGGUGGGUUUCGUUAAUCAGAUGCUGCUGGUGGACCAUAAGAACAAAAUGCACUCGCAAAAUGGGGUCAGCGGAUUCAACCACAGAGCCGAUAGCGAUCCCUCAUUAUACCGCAGCUCUUCGUCAAUGGAGACAACAUCCCGUUUGAUGUCCUCGAAUGCCCGCAUGUUGUCCUCAGCAAAACGAGCUAUCGAUCACGACGAUCUCCAACAACAGCGGAAACUACCCGCGCGACCACCGGUAUUAACAUGCCGCUUCUGUAAUUUCCAGAGUAAUUCAGAGUCUACCUUGCGCCAGCACAUGAGCCGUCAUGAGGGGAGCUUGAAUGGUUCUGAACGGGAACGGGAGCCGCAUCUGCCGCGUUCCCCGCGCUAUAUUUGCAAAGUGUGCGAAGCGGUGCAGAUUCGCUUCACCAACGACAAUGCGGAUGUAUUCUAUGAUCACAUUCGCCGGGAGCAUCCCGCUCGCGAUUCCGCGUUCCAGUGCUCGGAGUGUGCGCUGCAGUUGUUGAGUCUGCCGGCACUGCAGAAGCAUCUGCGCGCGGUGCACGAAAUGAGCGAUCCACUGGGUUUUCUGCGGCAGUCUUCCUUCUACGCUGCAUCCAAGAUGGUGCAGGUGGGCAUGAUGACGGCCAGCGCUAACAGUGCGGCGGCGUCCAUGUAUCAAGCAGCGGGGACGUCGAUGAACAACGAUAAUAUAAAUCAUUCCAAUGUGAGGAAUACAUUGAAGAUGCGAUUGAAUCAUUCCGGUAAUCGAGAUCCCUCGUAUGGGCCGUCAAACGCUCAGUAAUGUGGAAUAUUUACAAAGAUGCACGACAAUGGAAUGCGGGGGCAAUAGGUUCGAUGAGGGAUGGUUGUUGUCUGUUUAUUGGCAUAAGCCACGUUACUAACCGAAGAUACGGCGUCAUUUGUAUUGCUUUUACUGAUAAAUAUGCUGAUUAAUGUUUGUAUUUAUAGCCGUUCGAGAAGGCACGUUUGAUCUUAAGUUUUGUUGGUUGAAACUUUUAGCUUUGAAUGACAGUUGUUGACGAAAUGGCAUAAGCCGGAAUAAUGUAAUAGUAGACGUAAAUAAUUAAGCAAGCUUUUUGGCGAACUAUAAUUCUUUUAUGAUGGUUGUAGCAUCAACCGGGAAAAUAAAU